AUGUCCGCGUCCCUCACUGACCUAGCCAUUCCCCAGUCUAUUUUGGACACCGAUCUCUACAAGUUGACUAUGCAGCAGGCGGUGCUGCACCACUUCCCAGACACGGAGGGCACAUACCGCUUCACGAACCGCAACAAAGGCGUCCUGUUUUCGCGCCAGUGCAUCGAACGUUUCCGCACCGCCGUAUCUCACUUUACAAUCCUCUUUCUGACCCACACCGAGCGUGAAUGGCUCGCAAGGACAUGCCCUUAUCUCACCCCCGAAUACCUCUCAUAUCUCUCUUCAUACCGCUUCAAACCCGAACAAGUCAAGAUCAAGUACACCCCCGUCACAAGCGAUAACCUGAAAGGAACUGUAGACAUUGAUGUAUCCGGUCCAUGGGUCGAGACGAUCCUAUGGGAGGUCCCUCUCAUGGCCUGUCUUAGCGAAUGCUACUUUCAAGAAGUCGACACGGACUGGAAUUACGAUAAUCAAGACGAGCUCGCUUAUUCGAAAGGCAAGACGCUCCUCGAGAAUAACUGCGCCUUCAGCGAGUUCGGCACGCGUAGACGACGCUCUUUCCAGACCCAGGUGAUAGUUAUCGAAGGUCUUCUGCGGGCAUCAAAGGAUCUCCCUGGGUCUGGUAAAUUUACUGGCACUAGUAAUGUUCACCUCGCUCAUUUGUAUGGACUUUCACCGAUAGGCACGAUCGCACAUGAAUGGUUUAUGGGUGUCGGAGCUCUGAAAGGUUACGAACACGCCAACACAAAGGCCCUGCGGCUCUGGGAAGAAGUGUAUGCAGGUGGACAGGCACCUCUGAUCUCUCUGACAGACACGUUCACAACCGAAUCUUUCAUCAAGGACAUGCUCGCAGACCCCGAGCUGGCUCAGCGCUGGGCGUGCCUGCGCCAGGACUCGGGUGACCCAUUUGCCUUUGGACCGCGCGUGCAAAAGAUGUACCGUGCCCUCGGGAUACCCACCAACUCCAGAGGCCUCAUCUACUCAGACGCGCUCACGAUCGACAAGUGCGUCGAUCUCAAAAAGGCUUCCGACGAGUUAGAUUUCGGAUACGUGUCCUUUGGGAUUGGAACGUUCCUUACGAACGACUUCCGUAGCCCCACGACAGGUGAGAAGAGCAAAGCUCUAAACAUCGUCAUCAAACUCUCCUCUGUGGCCGGCAAGCCGUGUGUCAAGCUCAGUGAUGAUCUAAACAAGACAACGGGAGACCUCGAAACUGUUAAUCUCGUGAAGAAAAUAUACGACUUUUGCAUCUUUCCACCUUCACAUUCCAAGUUCGAUUCAACUUUCCACCUUAUUCUUCAACGCCAUACCUCAGAAGCUUUAUAUUCGACAAUCAUGGCUGAUGUUCGGGCUCUCUUGAAAGCCAAACGGCAAGAAGCACGUAUCACGCAUCCGUAUGCCGCCUACAACUCCUCCGGUCAACUAAAAUGCACUGUCUGUAGCACCACAAUCAAACACGCGUCUGCAUGGGAAGGACACCUAGGCAGCAAAGCACACAGAACCAACAUCAUACGUCUGAGAGAGGAGGAGAAGCGGCAACAACAGGCACGAGAGCAGGAGCAGCUCCCACAUCGUGAAGAAUCCCACUCCCCCGAACCGACGCGGAAACGAAAGCCAGAUGACGACGAAUCACAGUCGAGUAAUGGCUCUGUAGAGAAAAAGAGAAAGGUGGAGGAACCUAGCAAACCACCGCAGGCGUCAUCAUCAUCAUUUCCUCAGGAUUUCUUCUCGGAUCCUUCGCGCGGCCCAGUGCCUUUGUCUUAUUCCGACGACGAAGACGAGGAGGAAGAACCUGCAUCCGAUAAACCUGCACCAGCCGCCGCUCCUGCUUCUGGUGUUGACGAGGAAUACGAACGGUUCCAACGCGAACUACUUAGCAGUGCUGUUGACCCCACAGAAGCCUACAGCCGCGCCACUAUAGCUGCAGAACCUGUGCUAGCACCCACACAGAUCCAAGGAUUCCCGCCUACCACUGUAGACCAAGCUCCCGAGGAACCUCCCCAACUGACUGAAGAGGAGAUCAGACAAAAGCGCGAACAGGAAGAGAGGGAGCUCAUUAUGGACAAACUAUUGGCUGAGGAACGCGCGCAGGAAGACGCGGACACGCGUGUGCAACUUAUGAAGACGAAACUAGAAAACCUUCGGAGAAAGCGAGAGGCUGCAAAAGCCAACAAGCAAAAGGACAGUCGUUGA